AUGGAGGACCUCAUCGACCAUUUGCCUAAACUACCUGAAAUUCAGCAGCAAAAACUAACUAUUCCUGAAUUCGACGAAAUUGAAGUCAAAGCAACUGACUCAGUAGAAAUAAAGAAGUUCAUACGAAAGGUAAAUUAUGAAUUCCUUGGUUUUCAUUGCAACCAUAAAGUUAUGGACAAAGAUUGCGACAUGGUAUAUAAGAACAUCUCUGACAUAUAUAAAUCUGGUGAGUUUAAGACAUACGACAACUUUGUUUCAUUAGCUGCAAAAUGUGUAUGGCAGAUAAGAGAUAAAGAUAGAAGAGGUAAGGUAUGGAAUGAACAGAUAAAACCAACUGCUUCAGAUUUAAAGAAAACCAUUGACGCCUUGGUUGUUUUAGCAGGUAAGGUUUCAGAAUAUAACGCAAAAAUGAACCCGCAAUGUUCUAAAUGUAAAGCAGCAAUGAGGAAAUAUAACUACUCCGUCAAAGAGAUAGAAAGAAUGCGAAACGACUAUGCAGACUUAAAGAAAGAAGCAGAAAAGCCAGCAGAAAAUAAAAUGGACAUGUUAGAAUUUCUGAACAAAAACUAUCCAACUGCUGACGAUUUCCUUCUAUCUGACGUCAAGAAGAAGUAUAAAGAAACCUUCAGCAUUGUUAAAACAUUCGAUGUACUAAAAGAAGAAAUAGAAGCUACGAAACUGUUUAGGAUUUCAAAUAUACAUCGUACAAUUCAUGUAAAACGCUUAUAA